CCCUUUGCUUGUUUAUCUUCUCUGGUUCUGGACAUCUCCACGACUCCUCCCCGCGUCUCUCCGUCCGCGAUUGAUCAAAAUCUUUGCAAUUGCCGUCGAUAUUGGUGUUUAGCUGACUUCAGAUCGUCAUUGUCCCUGAAAAGAUUGCUUUUUGGGGGUUUUUUUGGCUGACUUUAAGAGAGGAGGUGGGAGAUGGCCGUGGCGGCGCCUGGGCAGCUGAAUCUUGAUGAAUCACCAUCAUGGGGUUCGCGGAGCGUUGAUUGCUUUGAGAAGUUGGAGCAGAUUGGAGAGGGGACGUACGGGCAGGUCUAUAUGGCUAAAGAGAUAAAAACAGGGGAAAUAGUUGCAUUGAAGAAAAUUCGAAUGGACAAUGAAAGAGAAGGGUUUCCCAUAACCGCUAUUCGUGAAAUCAAAAUUUUAAAAAAGCUGCACCAUGAAAAUGUUAUCCAGCUUAAAGAGAUUGUGACUUCGCCAGGGCCUGAAAAGGAUGAGCAAGGAAAGCCAGAUGGCAACAAAUAUAAAGGAAGCAUCUAUAUGGUCUUUGAGUAUAUGGAUCAUGAUUUGACUGGCCUAGCGGAUCGCCCUGGGAUGAGAUUUGCUGUGCCCCAGAUCAAAUGCUAUAUGAAGCAGUUAUUGACUGGACUUCACUACUGUCAUGUCAACCAAGUACUCCAUCGAGACAUUAAAGGGUCGAAUCUUCUCAUUGAUAAUGAGGGAAAUCUAAAGCUUGCCGAUUUUGGUCUUGCACGGUCAUUCUCCAGUGACCAUAAUGGGAACCUUACAAAUCGUGUCAUAACCUUAUGGUAUAGACCCCCAGAGUUGCUGCUUGGAACCACGAAGUAUGGUCCAGCUGUUGAUAUGUGGUCCGUCGGUUGCAUCUUUGCAGAACUUCUGCAUGGAAAACCUAUCUUGCCAGGAAAGAAUGAGCCAGAGCAACUAACAAAGAUUUUUGAACUAUGUGGAACUCCUGAUGAGAUCAACUGGCCUGGUGUUUCGAAGCUUCCUUGGUAUAACAAUUUCAAACCAUCAAGGCCUAUGAAGAGACGGGUUAGGGAGGUUUUCAAGCAUUUUGACCGCCAUGCAUUGGAUUUACUGGAGAGGAUGUUAACUUUGGAUCCAAACCAGAGAAUAUCUGCAAAGGAUGCACUUGAUGCUGAAUAUUUCUGGAACGAUCCCUUGCCUUGUGAUCCCAAAAGCUUGCCAAAAUAUGAGUCAUCGCACGAGUUCCAGACAAAGAAGAAGCGGCAACAACAGAGGCAGCAAGAAGAAACAGCAAAGAGGCAGAAACUGCAACAUCCACAGCCGCAUGCCCGUCUGCCUCCAAUCCAGCAGCCUGGGCAAGUGCACUCUCAGAUCCGGCCUGGUCCCAGCCAGCCUAUUCAUAAUGCCCCACCACCCCAGAUGGCUGCUGGCCCUGGUCACCACUACGGAAAGCCAAGGGGACCUUCUGGAGGACCAAGUCGGUACCCACAGGGUGGUGGUAAUCCCAGUGGGGGCUACAACCCUAAUCGUGGUGGUCAAGGUGGUGGAUACACCAGCGGUCCAUAUCCACCUCCAGGUCGUGGGCCCCCUCCGUACGCCGGAAGCGGUAUGCCUGGUACUGGUGGACCAAGAGGAGGGUCAGCUGGCGGAUAUGGUGUUGGGGCGCCGAAUUACCCCCAAGGUGGCCCAUAUGGUGCUAAUAAUCAAGGCCGAGGACCAAACAUGAUGGGCGGUGGCCGCAAUCAGCAGCAAUAUGGUGGCUGGCAGUAGCUGUAGGAUGUAAUUUAUCCUUACAAUCUGCAGCUUGUUUGAAAUGCAGCCCCUGAUGGAACAUUGAGCAUAUCUUGCUUGGAAUGUAGCGCUCAUGGCUUGACUUUGAUAAGAAGCUAUGAAUCACAUUGUUAAAUGUUUUUAAUAUUUUUCUUUGAGAGUUGUAGAAGUUGUCAAAUCUUUUAUGUAAUCCUUUACCAUGAAAAAAAAACUUUGAAUCACACUGCCAAAUGUUUGUUAUAUUUUUCU